AAUGGGCGGCGCGGGCGAACGCCGGCAGCACGCGGAGCCCGCGUGUCCCUGCCGCCUGCCCUGUCAAUCACUGCCCCGCCCGCGCCCGCCUCCCGCUCCUCCGCCCGGCCGGGGCGGGCAGGAAUCGCUUCUCGGUCUCGGCACCGUGCCCCUCGCUGCCGGCCCCCGCCCGGGGCGGCGGGGGGCAGGCUACCGCUCCCGUCUCCCGGGGUGGGGGCGCGGGGCUGCCGCUGCAGCACGGCAACGGGAGCGCGGCUCCACUCGGGACCCACCGCGAAUACCAGACCCGUUCCGGGAGCGGGAUGCCGGCGGGGCGGGGCGGGUCGGAAUGGGAUGGGUUACGCUGUGCCGCCGGCCCGGCCAGUCGCGGCGCCCUCCCCCGGUGCGGUGCGAGGGGCGGAGCCGGCGCGGCUGCCACCUUUAUCUGUGGUGGCGGUGCGGGGGGUGGCACUGGGGAACACCUUGUUUUAAGAUGGGCGCUAUAAAUACGGCGCCGGGGAUGGGAGCGCAGCCACGGGCGGCGGCGAACUGACGGCGCGGCAGACAGCGGGUCCGGACCACGGACUCUAAUCGCCAGCAGCCGCCGAGCCAACCCCAGCCCGCGGCGGAGGGCAGCCGGUGCCGGUAGCGAGGAGGAGGUCGCCGCCGGCGGAGCCCCGCGGUCCAAGUCGCCUGGCCUGGCCUCGUCUCGGUCGCUCUCCCGCUUGGCCACCGUCAUGAUGCAGAUCUGCGACUCGUACAGCCAGAAGUACUCCCUCUUCAACGCCAUGAACCGCUUCAUCGGCGCCGUCAACAACAUGGACCAGACGGUGAUGGUGCCCAGCCUGCUGCGCGACGUGCCGCUGCUGCUGGAGGAGCUGGACGCGGCGGGCGCCGUCUGCCCGCAGCGGGAGGCCGCCCUCCCCACCGGCGACCCCGGCGCCUACUUCUCCCGCAGGGACAUGUACAGCCAUUACGUGCUGCUCAAGUCCAUCCGCAACGACAUCGAGUGGGGCGUGGUGCAGCCGCCGGCCGGCGAGGAGGCGGCCCGCAAGAAGGACAAGCUGGGCGGCGGCGGGCCCGCCGACGAGAGCGAUGGGGAGGAGGACCUGGAGAAGCAGUUCCACUACCACCUGAGCGGACUCCACUCGGUCCUCUCCAAGCUCACCCGCAAGGCGAACGUCCUCACCAACAGAUACAAGCAGGAGAUCGGCUUCAGCAGCUGGGGACAGUGAGUGCCGGCGGGGAGCAGGGGAAGGCGGCGACCGGACCACCGGCACCGGUGCGUCCCCCCCCCCGGCGCUGCUGCUGCCGGCGCGGUAGCGGGCGGCGCCCCGAGGCUGGGGCUUCCCAGGACUGCAGCCGGUUUUCUACCAACGCACAAGCCAGAGAGAUGUAAAUUAAUCAGUACUAGUUUAUUAAUUAACCCCCCCCCCCCCCCCGUCCUUAUCGUUUUUUAUUGUACGGUCUGGGGCGAGCGGGUGUCGCUCCUCCCCGGGCAGGGAGGCCAAACCCUAUGUGUACGAGGCAGUGGCGUAGCUGGCAGAUAGGAGGCUCGGAUGCAAGCCGAUGAAUAUGACAAGACUGGCAUAAAAUUGCUUCUGCUACCCGGGAGGGAACCCAGUGGGCUGAGGAGCAUCCCUCUGUGGCGGGACGGAUGGCGGGUCCCGUGGUUGUACAUGUACUGGAGCUUAUUUAAUACUUUUUUACUCAGAUAUAGAGUAUAUUCUAAAAUAAAUGCAAAUGUAUUAACUGAAAGUGACUUAAACUUUUUGGUAUGAUUUAUGUUUCUUUCAUUAAAUGAUAUUUUUAACAUCUGGAA